GUUGAGAAAUGGCGGUGGGUUCUGCUGUGAAAACCACGCGUAUUUGGUUAAAACAUUGUAAAUAGCAGCUUGAAUAAGCUGUGUUUUAGUAAGAGUUUUUAAAAUGCACUCAAAUGUUCGACUGUUCACUCAUUUCUGGAUCUUCGCCCCUCGUGUGAGUUGUAUUGCUGAGGGAUUGGACGUUCUCGUGUUUGUCUAGCUUCUAACUCAUCUAACUUGUAAAUGCUAGCAUUAUAAAUGUCCAGCUACGCUAAAGAACAUGCAUGGAAGCGACAGUGCGCAGUAUGUUAUAAAAGGGGAGAAGAGAAGUUUUUUACCACUUGUGACGGAUGCAAAGCAAUAGUUUACUGCAGUGAGACAUGCAAACAAGCAGACUUGGACCAGGGUUUUUUCACACCUGGACAGAGCCACAGAUGCACAUGUUCUGUGAUGAAGGCCAUCAUGGCGAAAGAGAUGGCACUUUGUGAUUUUCCCUUCAGCUUUUCUAAAGUCACAACAAAAAGAGACUUUCAUGAGAAAAAGGUUGCCAGGUUUCUCAAAGGUUACGGAGUCUGUGGACAAGGGUUGUGGCGUAAAGAAUGCCAGGUUUUAAAGACUGGCAAGCGAUUUGAAAAUGCUGAUGACUUGUGGGUCCUUCCAGUUGAAAGGGAUAUUCUCAGUAAACCCCCAACAUCACCACUUUCCCCACUGUCAAGCUGGAAAGAGUACUACUCCUUCAGAUGUCUGCCCCUCGAGUCUCCUGUGGCAAUAGUCUUGACGUAUCCCUUGACUCUAUACUAUAUUCUGACAUCCUGUUUGAGAGCUGAUGCCUCGGAUCUUUUUUCGCAAAUUAUUGAUGGUGGAGAAGUUAGAAUCCACAUACUGGGUGUCGAGAAAGAAGCAGAAUUAAAAGAAAUCUUUUUGGAAUGUGCACGUCUGCUUCCUAAUCUCAGGCUGAUGCUUGUGUUAUAUGGCAAGAAUAGCAGCCCAUUGUUGGAUGAUGUUUGGGAGAAAGAAAACCUCUGCAUAUCUAUUCGUCAUCAGCUCUAUCAUGAAAGCUCUGAUUUAAAACCUCAUUUUGCUGUUGCAUUCAAUGCAGGUCUGCCUGCCUACACCACUUGGGCAGAAACUGUUACUAAGCUCUUGAGUGAGGAUGUAAUUGCUUACUUUACAGACCAGAGUGAGUUCUGCUGCUUCCUGGCAAGUACUUGUGUUGAAAGUCUUGGAAAAGCAGGAAUAUCACCCAUCACAAUCAACCCCUUUCGAAGUCCAGUGCGUGUUGUCACUAGUGAGCAAAAUAUGCCAUGGUUUUCUAAUGCCUUUAUCUUUAGGUUAAUGUCUAGCGUUCAUAAUAUUUAGUAUGAGGCAGCAGAAUGGUGCCUGGUUAAGUUUCUGUGGCAUCUACUAUCUAUCUGUAGUUGCUAAAGUAUGUCUAAUCCACCAGAUGGUUUGAAUUUAUGUUCAUUUUGGCCUAGCAGAGAAAAAGAUCUGCCAUAAACUUGCCUGUGACAACAUCCACCUAGCAAUACUGCUGUGCUAGGUUUAAGCAUUGUAUAGUCCCUGGUGUCUGCAUCUGGUUUAUCAACUUGCACUUAUGUUGGAGAAAAAGUAAUUGUUGAAAGGAAAAAAAAAACAGAUGUAUUGAUAUACUAUUCUUAAAAGCACUUUUGAUUUUCAUUAUUUGCUGAGACUUAGCACUUUUUGUACUGCAUUUGCAUCCCUGACUUUUGUGUCCGUAUGAUCAAGCUGGUUGUCAGUUUAGUCUUUUCUGCAUUGACCUCCAUUGCAAAGGAUGAGCAUUUAUGAAAGCAAUAGAUUGUUUUGACAAUUUAUGGACCCUAAAUUUAUUUUCAAACAAUAAGAUAAUUUUUUUUUGUCUUACAAGUUAGCGGGUACAAAAAGUUUUUAACUUCCUUUAUAUUUUUGUUUCUGGUGAGAAAAUCUUCAUAUAAUUAGUGCAUAAAGGUGAGCUUCAAAAGAAGAAAAAAAAGAAUGCUUUGAUUCCACAAUAGGAAACGUUGGUGAUGCAUUUAAAUCUGUCUUAAAUAACCAAAUUUUUUUCAUUCUUAAUUUUUUAUUAUAAGGAUGUGCUUAUAAUUUUAAAAAAAUUUCAGUCAGCUUGCUUGCCCAGGUGGUGCAGAAGUUUUUUUCUGCCACCUGUAGUAGUAUGUGAGCUAAAUAUAGUUUAAUUUUUAAAGAAAAACAACAAUGGAAAAACGUGUUUGUGUAACAGUAUUUUUCUACACGCUGUUAAAAACAAAUUACAAUUUACAAUCUGUUCUCUGCCACUUGCACACUAGCCCAAGUUAUAGAGGUCAACUAUGUUAUAUAAUUUUGUGAGCAAAAUCAUAAGCUUAUAUUCAUAAUAUAAUUACCUAUCAGAAACUGCCAGUUGGUCUUGUAAACCCCUUCAUAAAACUAGUCUUUGGGUAGCAGCUCAAUGUUAUCUUAACCGCAAAGUCUUGUAACCACAAAAAUUAUUUAAAAAAUAAUGUACAAAGAUCAGGAAUAUCAAAACAAAUUAUUUAACAUAUUUAUUAUUAUUAUUGUACGAAAAACUAUUACUUUAAAGGUAUGAAGUAGACCUGGGUGAAAUAGUAAUGUUAGAUUCUAACCGUUUUUAAAAGGAUGGUGCUACAACUGCUUGGCUGGCUUGGGCAGAGGUCUGGCGUAAUUUCUUCUGGUUGGUCUGUUGGGUCUUUUGUCCUCGGGGCAGGCUUAGUCUUGACUUUACCGAGGACCGUGAGUGUGGACGUAGUGUUUGGCCCUCUGUCGUCCCGGCCAUCUGCAUAUGAGACAGGUUGAGGCUCUGCCUUUAACUAAUACUAGCAGUUAACAUUCUGUCCUGGCACUGUAAUUAGGGUGGGCAUUUUUGCCAUGAUUUCCCUCUUCAUCUCCAACUUCAUAUACCAUUUUCCCUUGUCGCGUCCAUCUUCAUCUUACUCGAUUUGUAUUUCCUUGAUUCUCCCUGAUGGCUCGAAGCACCUAAAUAAUAAUUUGUUCUGCAUAAACGUUGGGACCCAGUGGAUCCUUAUUUCUACAUUGACACAUUCGGCGUGCUCCAUGUGUGCUGUGACACCUUGUGGAAGGGGCAUGGGGCUGGCUUCGAGCACUGUUGGGACGAACUCUGGUCUCAAGAAUGUAACGUGAACUAAACGAGGGUUUUCACCCUUCCACAUGCCCACUAUCUCGUCUUUUGGUACACCAGAUGCUUUUAGGACUGCAACUAUGGCCUCCCUUCUGGUGAGGAGGGCGUGUCGGCCUGAUAGUGGAAGUUGAAUUGUAGAUCUUUUCAGGAGAUUAUCGUAGUCUUCCGGUUCGAGGGUGAUGGAUACUUCUCCCACUUCUAAAAGUGGAAUGAAUCCGUGUCAGGGACGCUCUUUUUGUUUUUUUGAAUCUCACACUUUCACUUCACGCACGCGUCCCCUUUUGUGUUCUUUCCUUCACUCACAAAACACUUAGAUUUGUCCUAGGCAACAAAAACUUUAUAACGGUCAACAUUAACUAAAGAUAUAGAAAUGUCUGAGUCUUUCAGUUCGCUUCUAAAUUAUAAGAUAUACGUCAAAUAUCUUUCAAUUCCAGAAAUACUACAGCGCACAGGCUGCUCCAAUAGUUCUCUUCAUGUCACCAAGACGACAUACACAUGUUCCUUUCAAUAUUCUACGAACUGUCAUAUGUUUCUGAAUAAUUCAUUAUAGUCUUACUCACAUCCACAAUUGCCACGUCUACGUAAAAUCCUCUCUGCCCCAAAACUGGCACCACAAAUAUAUUCCUGAGGAUCAACACAUGAUCCAAGGCUGACACCACAAAUAUACUCUUGGGGGUCAACACAUGACCCAAAGCUGGCACCACAAAUAAACUCUUGGGGGGUCAACACAUGACCCAAAGCUGGUACCACACAUACAUCCGCAGGGAUCGACCCACACAAUAUCCGAAACGAACACCACACACACUUUCUGUCCGCCUCUCUUCCCUGCUCACAGCCGUCUGAUCUCUUCCAAAUAAUUUUCCUCUUGCGUCAUAAAAUGACGUCGGGUUCCGACGCGAACCGCGACGCA